AUGGAAGGUAUAAUGAAACUUGACGAGAAUGAAUCUACUUACUCAAAUCCUAAAAAUUUCCUUUCGUUACCAUAUCCAUACCUUGGUGAAAAAUUACCAAUAGAUAGAUUCGCCAUUGACAAUAAUCGUUAUUUUAACUUUAUGGGACGAAAGGAAUUCAGGAACAUUUUAGAAACCAUAAACAAACUUCGAUCUGGUACUGGAUACAUGAAAUUAUUUGUUUAUGGUACUGUCGGAUAUGGCAAGUCACAUAUCCUUUCAGCAAUUGCAUGCUUCCUUUUUCGAACAGGAAGACGUGUUGUAUUUCUUCCUGAUUGUCGCCAACUGGCAGUGGACCCAGUAGAUUAUACCAAGUCUGCCUUAUUUCUUGCCUAUCAUGAUGAUGAUGCAAAAAUAAACGAAAUUAAUUCCUGUGAAAAUUUUGAAAAUAUCGUAGAUUUUUGUAAAAAAUUACAAUUCAAAGAAAAGUUAUAUUUCAUUGUCGACCAAAUGAAUGCUUUAGAUGAACUUGAUAAUACUGGGAUUAGCUUAAAAAUUAAACAACAAAUUAAUAAAAUGAGCAAUUACCAUUAUUAUAUAAUGAGUUUUUCAGCUAACAAUAAGACAAUACUAUAUCUUAUGCAAAAGCAAACUGGUGAAUUAAAGAUCAAGCUUUAUGGAGGGUUUAAUGAGGAAGAGAUGGAAGAAUGGUGGAAAAAGUAUAGUUUGCCAGCAAUGAAUGAUCAGGAGAAGGAACGAAUCAAAGACAUCACAGGCAAAAUUCCACUAUUCUUAAACUUUUUGCUAGAAUAUAGUCACAAGAAUUUUGAAGAUGCAUUUGCAUAUCUAAAACAAAAAUUAAAGUCAAUAAUACAAAAGCCGAUAACAGAAUAUUCGGAAAAUCUACUAGGCAAUAAACAUACAUGGGAUCGUCAUGUUGGAUUAAUGUUGUCAUUCAUUACAAAUACACAUCCUAAACUGGGCUAUAGAAAAGAUGAUUAUGAUCAUCGUUACUUUUACAUCAAAGAUGACAAUAUCUGUUAUUAUGUCUGUGGGCUUAUACGAGAUUCCAUGGCUGAAUAUCUCUUUGAAAAAAGAGAAAUGGAAAUAUUUACAAAUAUAAAAUGGAUCAGUCGCAUAUCAGAUUUCAAAACCAACCCAUCGGUUAAGAGAUUUUUUGUUGAAAAGGCGUGUAUUGCUAGUAUUUUUAGGAAUGGAUUAAUGGCAAACCGUGUAAAUUUUAAGCCUGGUGGUAUGGAAUUUUUUUAUAACGAAAAAGAAAUUAAGUUUUCCUCGAAUAAAGAGAAAUGUAUAUUUUACUUACCAUGCUGUUGGAACCAAGAGGCCAUCAAUGGAUUACUGAUCUCGCAAACAAAGGAUAAAUUGUAUGUUGCCCCAGUACAGAUUACUCUUAAUAAGGAUAACCAUUCGGAUUCUGAGAGAAAGUUUUUCUCCAGUAUCUGGCCAAAUUUAAAACCAAACUUAUCAAGUUUUGAGGAUAAAUUGGAAAUAAUGUUCAUAUGGAUUACACACAGUAGUGAGACAGAUGAGUCGGUGGAAUGUAUAACUAAAGAAACACGGAAUAAAAAUCAUGAAAUUAAUCCCAAUUAUACUCAGGUAGUAAUUGGAUUUGGGAAUGUCAACAGUGAUAUUAAUAGAUAUUUACCUAAUCAAAUCGUUAAAAUUGAGAAAACAAACCGCGAAUCUGAUAAAGAGACUAAAGAACAAAAAAAUGCUCAAAGGAGAAGGGGAAGGCCCAAAAAAAGUUUGUAA